AUGGCCUGGACUCUUGUCUUCCUGGGGAUGCUCUUUUACUGCUCAGGGUCCCUGUCCGAGCCCGUGCUGACCCAGCCGCCCUCCCUCUCUGCAUCUCUGGGAACAACGGCCAGACUCACCUGCACCCUGAGCAGGGUCAUCAGUGUUGGCAGCUCUAACAUCUACUGGAUCCAGCAGCAUCCAGAGAACACUCCCCGGGAUCUGCUGUACUACCCCUCAGACUCCGAUAAGCACCAGGGCUCUGGGGUCCCCGGCUGGUUAUCGGGCUGCAAAUAUGCCUCGGCCAAUGCGGGGCUUCUGCGCAUCUCAGGGCUGCAGGCCGAGGCCGAGGCGGACUCUCACUGGGCUACAGCUCACGGCAGUGGGAGCAGCCACCGCUCCUCCCAGCGUCUCAGAGAAGGAGGAAGUGGGUCUAAAACCUCUGGACCCACGGAUCUUGUUUCUGAGCCGCUUUUCAGUAAGAAACUUACCUGGAGAGACAUGGCGGGGUGGUCUCUUCUGCAUGACGAUCUAUCCGUCAACAGGGAAAGAGGAAGAGUCAUGUAA